AUGAUUGGUGAACAAUUAACAGCUGAACUUCUAAAUAUUGGUAUAUUCUAUAAUACUGUUAUUAAACGUAUUACUAAAGAUUCAAGUAAUCGUCGUAUAAUUCAAAUAGAUGCGAUACAACGUUCUAAACGACACACAUCUUCUGAACAUCGUCGAUUUUUAUCUGAAGAACUACCUGAUUGGUUUUCAAAAGAAGAUAGUUCAUGA